UUCUUAAAUGUAUGCGACAUAUAACACAAUUCUUUGUAGCUCGUGCCCGUGCAAUAUUUAUCUUCCCCAUGUCUGUGCAUUAAUGAGUAACGAAAUUUUAACCUUUAGAACGUAUAUAGAACGUUAUCAAUUAUACUACAAACAUUAUAGUCUCAAACGACUAUCUGAUAUAUUGCAUAUCAAAAAUAUGAAUGGAAACAAUAAUAGAGUGGUCCAGAUUUUCAGCAUAAACGUCAAUAGUGACCAGGAUUACCAAAGGUAUGCUUCCCGCCGGAAAUCGUCUGUCGUUCGCGAGAUUUCCGGUCGGAUCCACUCCGUGCUGAAUCGAGAUGAGGAGGAAGAUGUGGACAGUUCAGUGGACGGCGUGUUCCGGUUGAGAGGACAGUUUGACAUAAGGGAUGUUGUUCCUAGCGACAGUCAACCGACCGUGGAAGCGCAACAUUUUCAAAGGAGGGGAAGCUCUUUAUCGAAUGGGCAGACUGAUACUUUGCCACAGUUAACCGUUCGAACGCCUGUAAAUGUACGGAAAUGGUUCGUCUUAAUCAGCAGCUUCUUCAAUAUGAUGAUCACCGGGGGAUUCCCAUUCAACAUGUCGGUCCUCUUUGUAGAGUUUUUAAAUGCAUUUGGAAAAAGCAAAGCGGAGACUUCACUGGUGCAAUCGGUUUGCAUAGGAGUCUUUUUUAUUGGAGGUUUGAUAACAGGUGGGCUGGUCACUAAAUUUGGAACCAAGAUUUGUGGUUGCUUUGGAGCCAUGCUUUCUGCCACUGGAAUUGCUGUUUGUUUUAUAGCACCAAAUCUGGAAUUUCUUAUCAUUUUCAUGGGAGUCAUGUCAGGAGCUGGAUUUUCACUAAACGUGAUUUGUGCAUCAACAAGUGUUUCUCAAAACUUUUCACCUAAAGAAAGGAUUCUUGCUCUUGCCUUUGUGUCCUCGGGUUCUGGCAUUGGUGGGCUGAGCUUUCCUUUACUGCUACAGUACUUCAUUGACAGUUUUGGCUGGAGAGGUUGCCUUUUAGUCAUUUCUGGGAUCGUUCUAAACCAGUUAGCAUGUGGUCUUAUGUCGGGCCCAGACCUGAAAAGACCAAAAGGCCCAAAACUUCAGCAAAAUAUGACAGACACCAACGAGACAGAAGAUUCCAAUACAACUUUAUCCAGACUUAAGGCUUUACUGAAAAACAGCGUGUUCCUUGGAUUCUGUUUUGCUUUAUCGCUUGCACUAGCGGCAUUUAAUGGGUUUUUGGUAUUUUUCGUCGACUUCUUUGAACAGAAGGGAUUCGAUCGUACUUCUGUAGUUUGGUUAUAUUCUGGGAUGAAUAUUGUCAGCACGAUUUUCAGAUUCGUUCCGGGAUUAAUAGCACAGAGUCCGAAAAUACCAAAACUAGCCAUUCCUGCUAUGUAUGCCUUUCUUGGUUGUAUAAGUCUAAGCUUGCUUCCAUUCAUGACCUCAUAUUCAUUGAACGCUGUAGUUAUAGCGCUCUAUGGGAUAGCCCUGGGAGGCGUGGUCACUGUGAUAUCCAUUACGACCCUGGAGUUAGUGGGAGAAAAGACAUAUCCGACGGGGCUUGGAAUUGUGUUGGCUGCUUCUGGAAUUGCCAAUACUGCGGGAGCUCCGAUAGCAGGUUAUUUCCGUGACAUCUCUGGGUCUUACACCUACAGUGUUCUAUCCGGGGCUGGGGCUACUCUUCUUGCUAGUUUUAUUUUUACCUGGGCCAUGAUCUAUCAGAGACGACACGGUGAUGAUCCUCGGUCCAGAUUCAACAUGGAGAUUGAUGUGCAGGCGAGGCGGAAGUCGCGUAGACGAUCUAGUAUCCUGCCCUGGAGAAAGAGUGUUGAUCUCGGAUUUGCUCUUUAAUAUUGCAGAAAAAAACAAAGUGUCAAUACGUUUUAACUUUUAGUAUGGAAAUGAAUAAAAUUUAAUACUUUUUGAAAUCUUAUUCAUGAUGGUUGCAUGGGGUUCUAUAGAGCUGGAUUUAGUGGAUAAUAGAUAGAAACAUUGUCGGUUCAAACACUAGUCUUAACAACUUUUUUUUUUUAAAAGAACAGACAAUUACUUUUGCCUUCCAAAAAACCUAUGAACUAUACGCAGCUGCUGUAAUAAAAUUUUUAAUAAUAAUUUAACAUGUCUCACCUGAGUACAUCGUGAUUUGACGCAUGCAAAAACAAUCAUGUUUGCGUGGAUCUCUUUUGUUUUGCCAACAUUUUUAAACACGACCAUGUACAUUAAGAUUCUAUAGCUGCAAGUUGUUUAAUUUCAAAGUUGCUGCAAAACAGUUUAUCACUUGCAAGUAAAUUAUAAAAUAUAUAUUUUAAUUUUGUUAUAGUGUUUAAAGGGGCAUGGUCACGAUUUUGAUCAAAAAUUAUUUUUUCGAUUUUAAUGUUUACAGUGCUUCAGUAAGGCAUUUUUGAUAGGCAACCAAAAUUUGAGUGUCACUUGAUGAGUUAUAAACGAGUUACAGAGCUUGCAAUUCUUCCCUAUGUAAACAAAGCGUUUGUUUACAUUUUGAAUGCUGAAGUGAAAAUUCAAGUGUUAGACCUAAAAUGAAAGUAUUAAUCGUUAGGAACUGUUUAUUUAUGCUUAAAAUGAAUAAUAAGAUGGACAAACCAGCUCGAAAACGAUUUUUACCGGUAUAUUCGACAUAUGUAAACAAAAACAGGGCACGAGCUUUGUUUACAUGACGAAGAAUUGUGAGCCAUGUAUAUUGGUUAAAACUAAACGACUGGCACCAAAACUUCAGUUGAUCAUUAGAAAUGCAUUCCUAAAGCAUUGCAAAUAAUAAAAACAGCAAAAAAAUUAACCAAAAUCGUGACCAUGCCCCUUUAAUAGCUGAAAAAUUCUUAUUCAUGGUAUUUUAGUUAUAAAAUAAUGUUUAAUAGGUGUGGAAUGUAUUUGAAGAUAUGUUUUGUUGUUAAGUAUCUCAUUUCCAGUUCAUUUAAAGGGACUACGACAUGAUUGAGCUCAAAUUUUUCAAAAUUUAUUUCUCCAUUUUUAAUGCAUAGAAUGGUCAAUAUGGAUCUUUUUAAAGUUUUGUCAAAAUUUGGAAGUCAAAUGUCAAGUUAAAAGCAAUGUUGAAUGAUUACGUAAAGAGUGAAUACUUAUUUAGAGUAUACAUAGAAAUAAAGAUAUGUUUAUGUUGAAUAAAUAUAAUGAGACAAUUCGUUUCUCGAAUGCACGAUUUUAGUUUUGAUAGAUAGAACUUUCCAGAACAGGGUAACCAAAAAAACGCGGUUUAAGUAAUUAACGUCAUGGUGGAAAGCUUAGGGCGAGUUAAUCACCGGCAGUUACCUUGAACUCACAAUUUUGGUUUAAGAUAUGCAAAAAAAUGAAUAUACUAUCGUUUUUAAAUGCACAUAUACAGUUUUAUACCACU